CUCAGCAUCAGGAAGAGAGGUGGGAUCUUGGUUGCCAUGGCGUCAGCCAAUGAGAGCGGGGAGCUGGGCGAUCAGACGGUACCUGAUGAAGGCGAGGAGGAGGAGAGGAGCGUCCGAGGAGUCCAGGCUCAUUACCUCCGCUGUCCCUCGCCCAGCUUCUCCAUGGCGUCAGAGUCCAGGUUCUCCAGGAUCUCUGGGUCCGACGCCGCCAGCAUCUUCAUGGAGCCCAUCCACCUCUCCUCCGCCAUCGCUGCCAAGAAGAUCAUCAACGAGGAGCUGCCUCCUCGAGGUGUUCGCACCGAGUCCGUCCCAGAGUCCAUGCUGGAGACGGCCGAGCAGCUGAUGGUGGAGGAUCUUUACAACCGAGUGCGGGACAUGAUCGACGACCGCAGCCCCUACAACACCCCCUGUGUGCUGGACAUCCAGAGGGCCAUGGUGCAGGACCGCCUGGAGGCUCCCAUCAACCCCGUGGACGAGGUGUGGCCCAACAUCUACAUCGCCGAGAAGUCUGUUGCGGUUAAUAAGGCCCGUCUGAAGAGAAUGGGCAUCACACACAUCCUGAACACAGCUCACGGCACCGGAGUCUACACCAGCCAGUCCUUCUACGCCGGCAUGAACAUCCAGUACAUGGGCAUCGAGCUGGACGACUUCCCCGACGCCGACAUCUCCACACACUUCAGACCCACCGCCGAGUUCCUGGACGAGGCUCUGCUGACUCACAAAGGAAAGGUUCUGGUGGUUUCCAUGAUGGGCGUGAGUCGCUCCGCCGUCCUGGUGGCGUCCUACCUGAUGAUCUUCCAGCACAUGUCCAUCAUGGAGGCGCUGACGUCCAUGAGGAAGAAACGAGCCAUCAACCCCAACGAAGGCUUCCUGAAGCAGCUGCGAGAACUCAACGAGAACCUGAUGGAGGAGCGAGACGACGACGACGAAACGCUCAGCCAGUGCUCCGUGAUCGACACCCGCACCCGCGCUCGCAUCCUUGGCGAAGGUGGAGAUGAUGAUGAUGAUACGGAUAAAGAGGAAGAGCAGAGCAUGAUCGAGGUGAAAGCUAACUCCAUCAUGAUGGAGGAGGAGGAGGAUGGAGAAAGCGUGAUGAGCAGCGUUGCCUCAUCUGCUGCUGCAGCGCUCAGAAACGGGCCGACUCGAGUUCAGAACGGGUCGGACAUUCAGGCCGGUCAGGAGGAGCUGGUUCUGCCUGAGGACAGCGGGGAGGACGGCGACGAUGAUGACGGUCUGGACAGCAUGAUCCGCGAGUGGCAGCGGAGAAACGAGAAAUACCAGAACGACGAGUGGUGGGAGGCGCAGCUCAACAGCGACAUGGAGGACGGGGAGUCUGUCGCAGGAGGUCGUCCAAAGAAGACUAAAGAUGUCGACGCCGACAUGGAGAGCAUCACCAGUGAGGACGUACAAGCUGUGAAAGAGCGUCUGAAGCGUCGAAACAGACGUCCGCCUUCAGACGCGAUGUCCACCUCCAGCUGCACGAGUUACUCUGAUCUUUGGAAGCAGCGGCUGAGGGAGAUCGAGGAACAAGCUGCUGCUCGCUACCGCAAGAAAGAAGAGGAUGAAGGCAGUGAGAGCACCGCUACAGAGGGAGAACCGGGAAAGAAGAUCGACGAUGAGGUGGACAGCAUCAUCUCCGACUCCAGCUCCAUGUACAACUUCUGCCAGAAGAAUAAGGAGAAGAUGACGCCGUUGGAGCGCUGGCGCGUCAAGCGGAUCCAGUUCGGCUGGAACAAGAAAGACCGUGAAGACGGAGAGAAAAGUUCUGUCGCUGACGGAGAGAAAGGUGAUGGCGAGGGAGAUGCCAAGACGCCGUCCUUCCAAGACGUCAACCUGACGGCGUACCAGGCCUGGAAGCUGAGGCAGCAGAAGCGUCUCGGAGAGGAGAACACGGAUGAGAUUCUGGAGAUGAGUCGAGGGGAGGACUCUGCAACGGUCAAGAGGAGGCAAAGACGUGAAGAGAUUCUGGAGCGUGCGAAGAAGACUUUAGAAGAAAGUCAGUCCAUGUGUGGCUGGGAGUCUGAGAGCUGCGUUAGCGGAGGAACCAUCCCUCUGUCGGCCUUCUGGGCCGGAGCCGGCGUCACCGGGCCGCCGAGCGUCGCCAACGAUGACAACAUGUCCAUGCUCAGCGGGAGGUCCUCUGUCAUAUCUUCAGUUUCACAACCUCGCAGCACAAGAUCCUCACAGUCUGUAGGCCCCAUGAAUCCUGUUCCUCCAGUUCCUCCCAUCCUCCCAGUUCCAACUGUUCAAGGCCCCGGAGGAGAACCGAUGGUCAACCUAAGCAGCAUCCAGAACUGGAUUGCCAAUGUCGUGUCUGAGACGAUCAAACAGAAGCAGAGUGAGAUGAGCCUGCCUCCUCCUUCCCGUGCUGGUUCUGAGCUGAGCUUUGGAGGAGCAUCCAGCGUGAUCUCAGGCCGAGGUAGAGACGAUGACAAGGCGUCCCUGCUGAGUGGAGCCUCCUACUCCAGCGCUCUGUCCCAGGGCCGUGGCAGGACGCCGUCAGUCCUGUCAGCCGGCGGGUCCAGCAGUAUCUCAGGUCUCGGCGGUCGAGGAUCGGCCCUGGGCUCCACCCUGGGCUCCACCCUGGGCUCCACCCUGGGCUCCAAGAAGAACAAGAUCACCACCACUAGCGUGCCCCUCUUCAGCCUCUUCCAGGACCAGGUCAACCUGGGCAAACUGGAUGCCAUGGACAAGGAGAUCAAAUCUGAGAUGAGGGGCAAGAUGGCUACCUACGAAAAGAAGAAGAUCCUGGAGGACAACAAGCGCAGCACUCUGUACAAGAAGAAGAAACCCAAGGAGGAUGAAGACGAGGAGGAGGAGAGGAAGCAGAAAGAGGAGGAGUUUCUUGAAGAGGCAAAGAAAAAAGAGAAACCCAAGAGGACUUAUGGCCUCUCCGGUUGUCUGAAUCUGAACCCGGAGCUGGAGAAAGAUAAAAACACGAGCAUUGACGACUGGCUGCAAAGCGUCCGGCCUCCUCCCAGAAAACCCGCUUCAGGAGCAGAAGUUCUACCUCCAGAGGAUCCGUACGAUGAUCUCGACGCCUCUGCUUCUGAAUUUGACUUCUCCAGCCGCAGGGCCUCGUUCGCUGCAGAAGACGAUGAGGAAACGACGUACGGCGUCACCUCCAGAUACCGGUCAAGGCUUCACGAAGAUCUGUCGAGUGAAGACGCCGAUUAUUCCUGCAAUGGUUUCGCUCCGUCCCACAGCUACAGCCGGGCAGGAAGGUCGUACGACGAGGGAAUGGAGAGCUACAGCGACUUCUCCACCAGCAGGAAGUUCACUCCUCGAUAUGGAAGCAGCGAUGCAGAAGGCAGCAGCAGGAGCAGGAGGGAGGAAGCUGAUGGAGACGACGAGGAGGACGACAUCGCCACCUUCAUCGCCCAGACCAGGCAGAGGAUCAGAGCUCGAGCUGCAGCCGAAGCCGAAGACGACGAAGUCCUCGCUGCUUGGAGGGCGCAGCAGGAAGCCAAGUCACAGAGCAGAGGGGAGUCAUAGAAAUAAGAGUGUGUGGUGCUGCUGGGUCAAACAAAGCUCUUUCUGAAGAAGUUCAACAUGAAAUAUGAUUUGAGGCUCAUUGAGAAAUGAACGAAGGGCUUGUUGUUCUGCACUGAUGUUCUAAAAACACUAAAAUAAAACAUUUUGUGAGUCAUAUUCUCACCCAUAGCUGAAAUAUGCACCUUUACCUCCUGAUCAUGCCUCAAAACUGUAAAAGAAUUAAUAAUCACUAUUAAUAUGCAGAGUUUAUCCUUCAACUAAGGUUUUAUUUGCACAGUUUUUGAAUGUAAAAAUAGUUUUCAAGCACAUUUAGUGCAUAUUUUCAUAAAAGAUGCUGAACAGUGAGAGAAUUCUUUCAGA